ACCCCAUGUCGCUGACCAGAGUACAUCGAAACGCCGUCCAGCUGCUGCAGUAUGUCGCCUCCCGCACGGGGCUUACCGAAGCCGUCAGGAAACUCCAGCUAGCGCGGCAGUUUGCGGCCAGCGACGACGAACUGAAGCAACUGCAUCUGAAGUGGAUACCUGGAAUUCUACAAGAAUGGUUACAGAAGAAAGCGAUCCAAGUGUUUGGAGAGAGAACCUGGAAGUACCAGGACUCCCUCCCACCUUUACCUGUGCCUGCUCUCAAGAACACUCUGGACAAGUAUCUAGAGUCAGUAAAACCAUUCGUUACGGCGGAGGAAUACAAGCACACAGAGACGGUGGUGAGGGAGUUUGAAGAAGGGGUCGGCCAAUCGCUGCAUCAGCAAUUACUGGAGAGGGCAAAGGUAAAAAGGAACUGGCUUGAAGAUUGGUGGGUGGAUCUGAUGUACCUUCAAUCACGGCACUCCCUCCCCCUGACUUCCAACGUUGUCGGGUUUGUACCCGUCAUGGACCACAUGUGGUCUGCCAUAGGGGUGGAACCAGCAGACAGGGUUCCACUGUUCCUCUCGGCAUCUCUCUAUCUGUGGAAACUCCUCAGGAAGUAAGUCCAAGAGAAUGUAUGUCUGGAUG